CCAACUACGUGGUGCGUACUCCAGCGCAGGAAUAGAGUGGAGAGAAAUUGAGAUACGAAGUACAAGGAAGAGAAAAUAAAGCAACGAGCCAGUUAAUCAGUGGAACUGGAACGGGAACGGGAACACUGAGUUAGUUGGUUAGCUUAGCUACUAUGACAUUUGCUUUCCCCACUCUCACUCUCACUCUCACACUCUCCCACCGUCGAACACCAUUCUCUUACCCCAAAACCCGUUUUCCCCAACCAAACGGCGUCGUCGCAUUUUCUACCUUCAGUAAUCAAAUCGUUUCCAAAUUAAGCAACCAAAAUGAAGACCAGCUCCAGGUUCAAACACGAAUGUGGAAUUGGAAGGGUUACUCUAUUCGUUAUCAAUGUUCUGGGAACAAUGGUCCUGCGCUAGUUCUGGUGCACGGUUUCGGAGCUAACAGUGACCACUGGAGGAAAAACAUUCCAGCUCUAGCAAAAUCCCACCGUGUAUACUCUAUUGACCUUAUUGGAUAUGGAUAUUCAGAUAAACCAAAUCCUCGUCAAAUGGGAGACAAUUCCUUUUACACUUUUGAUACAUGGGCCACACAAUUAAAUGAGUUUUGUCUUGAUGUCAUUAAGGAUGAAGCAUUUUUUAUAUGCAAUUCUAUUGGAGGAGUUGUUGGUCUUCAGGCAGCUAUAGCAGCACCAAAAAUCUGCCAGGGAAUUGUUCUUCUCAAUAUUUCUCUGCGCAUGCUUCAUAUAAAGAAACAACCUUGGUAUGGAAGACCUUUCAUCAGAUUAUUCCAAAGAUUGCUAAGGGAUACUGCUGUAGGAAAAUUCUUCUUUAAAAUUGUUGCAACGGAACAAUCUGUGAGGAACAUUCUUUGCCAGUGCUAUCAUGAUACUUCCAAGGUGACUGAUGAGUUAGUGCAGAUCAUUCUUAGUCCAGGACUGGAACCUGGCGCUGCAGAGGUCUUUCUUGAGUUUAUUUGUUAUUCAGGCGGCCCUCUUCCAGAGGAAUUGCUACCCCAAGUUAAGUGUCCGGUUUUGAUAGCUUGGGGUGACAAGGAUCCCUGGGAACCAAUUGAGAUGGGAAGAAAUUACGGAAAUUUUGAUUCAGUAGAAGACUUCAUUGUCCUUCCAAAUGUUGGACAUUGCCCCCAGGAUGAAGCUCCUCAUCUUGUGAACCCACUGGUUGAAUCUUUUGUGGCACGGCAUGCUAAAUCUUCGUCUCCUAUCUCGUCAAUUGACUGAUUCCUUGUCAGUCACUUUGUUGUUUUGAUGCUGCUUGGCUCAUUCAAAUCGUGUACAUUUCUCCAUUUUCUUUCGACGAAGAGUAGGUUUCAUUUUUUGUAUAAUAUAUAUACGUUAUGAAUUUUCUUUCAAUUGAAAGAUUAACUUUGGAAAGAAAAGUAAGGAAGUAGCUAUAUCUCUUAUUUCAAAGACAAGAGACUGAUUUAAAUUUUUUAUUAAUUUGUUAUAUAUGUAUAUACAUUAUUAGUAUAAACUA